AUGACUGAAUUUGUAAAUGCCACCCCAAAGCGAAAGAGAGGGCCGGAUGCAUGUCCUUCGCCGCUAAAAUUCUCAUUCGAUCUCUCCGCGACCGGCCCACCGGAAGAUGGCAGCAACAGCCCACACUCCUCAACCGUCGUACACAGGUUUCGCGGCCUGGCUCUCGGAAGUGGAGGCAGAUCUGUUGAAUCUGCCGAUGAGAUGGACACAGAAUCCGAUGAAUCAAUGAGGAAACGCCAUAGAUCAGACGAAAGUGCCCAUACUAUUGCGGAGAUGCAGCAAGAGCCACCAUUUCGGCCAGAGAUGGAGCUCAAGCCAGGGAUCGAAACGGGCGAAGUGAUUGAAAUGACUGAUCGUCCAACACUGCAGCUAGAGGUUCCUCAUCCAUCAACUGAAGGUCUGCUCCAAAACGCAUAUCCAUCCAUCAACCGCCUAUCGGAGUCCCAGUCUAGAAAAAAGAGAGCCGGCACCCCGCCCCUGCGCUUCAAAAAAGGGCAUCCUCAUGAGGGACUGUCCGACGCCGAUGAUGAGGCAGAAGUUGUAGAUCCUUUGCGAGCCUCGCUAACAUGGCAUGAGGACGAAAUCACUAUUUACGACCCGAAUGAUAAAGAUGACGAUGGCACUGGCAUUAAUGGCAUUGGGUUUAAACCCACCCCAGCACUCGCUCAUGCAAGGGUCAUGAAGAGGCGGCAGCAGAUGGCGGAAUACAGAAAACGAGAAGAGAACGAAGCAAGGAACAAGAGGAGCCAGAGACGUCGAGGGGAGGCUGCUGCACCCGCCAGGCGGGAUCACAAGUCACUACCUUCAAGGAAAGUCAGAUUUACGGAUGGGGAGAGCAGAAAUCUUACUAUGACGGCAUGA